AUGAUCUCAUGUUACUCCGGUCAAAGAUUAAUGGACGAAAGUCAGAAUAUAUUUGAUCGAGCAUACGCAACAGAAUGGUACAACUUUUCGCCUAGAAUAAAAUCUCUACUUAUCAUAACUCUUUAUAGAAGUAGUGUACCAUGCAUUUUAAAGGCAGGUAAUAUGGUUCCGUUAUCGGUAACAACUUAUGCUUCAGUAGUACGAAUGGGCAUGUCUUAUUUCACAACGUUUUUAUCACUCAAAGAGUAA